UCCUCUCAUUUUCCCCCCUUUUUUCUCGUGAAGAUAACCUGUGAACAACGAAUUCCUAUAGUUUAUGCGGCUGUUCGAUUAAAUAGUCGUACUGCCCUAUGGUUUUAACAACUUCGUGAGUGGAGGAAUCACAUUUUUCGUAGAGUUUUGAAUGGUAUCUUUAGUAAUUCGUCAUCUAACGGCCGCUAGAUGGCACGUCAGAGCAAUGGAAUUGGAAAUCCACCACUGCUGUUAUCCAUGUAAAUAAAGGAUGAAUCUCGUAGAGCUCUAAAAAAUUUAUUCUAUACUGUUGGAGAAAAAUUUCUUUUAGUGUCAAAAAUUAUAUAAUUAAUAUUAUGAAUUAAUAGCACUUUUUAGCACUGAAUUAGUAUUCCAGAAAAGUUGACGAUAAUGUUUUAAAUCCGUAUAACAUGCCGGUUGAAGUAAUGAAUCAGCAGUUUUUGUGGUAAAUUAAUAUGGAAUUUGUGCUUUCCGUAGCAGAAUAUGUCGUUGCGUACAGUGAAAUAAUGGAAGUACCACAGUAAGUACUCGCAGUUGUGGAAGUAUCACUUUUAAAUUAGAAACUUCUUCAAACUGUUAAGCACUGGCUAGCAACCCCAGAACAAUAUAAACUUCUAUGCGCUCGUUAUUUUGCAUAUAUGCAUAUUGCAUAUAUGACAUAAAUGUCGAACAUGUAUGUAUAUGUGGCAAGAAAUUUGAUGUCUGAAUUGUAACAAAUUAAUGCUUAAUGAAGUGUUCCUAAAAAUCAGGAGAUGCUUAUAUCACAUAUUAAGUUAGGUUUCAUGCAUAAUGUGUAUUAACAUUUUCACAAUCUUUUGUACUAAAGCAAGACACUGAAAUCUACUGUGAAACAUCCAGCACUACUUUUGAUAAAUAUUUCUGUUCUGCAACCUGUAUUACAUCACUCCAAAAUAUAAACAUCAUCAUCAGAUAUCUAACAAAUUAUAAAAUAGUGCAGAAAUUUCUUGUGCUAGGAGUUAAAUAACAAAUCAUUUGGAGGAAGUAAUAUUCUAAAAGAGCAUAUGCAUACCAGUACAGAAGACAAACCUUAUGUGUGUAAGGUUUGUAACAACUCAUUUACCCGAAAGGGUUAUUUAAGUGAUCAUUUGCUUAUUCAUAUGGGAAAGAAACCUCAUGUAUGUGAAAUAUGCAAGAAAUCGUUUAGUCAAAAGACUAGUUUAAACAUACAUAUGCUUAUUCAUACAGGAGAGAAACCUCAUGUGUGUGAGGUAUGUAAUAAGUCAUUUAGACAAAAGGAUAAUUUAAACAACCAUAUGCAUACUCACACAGGGGAAAAACCUCACACCUGUGAAGUAUGUAACAAGUCAUUUAGUCAAAAGAGUAGUUUAAAUGAGCAUAUGCUUAUUCAUACAGGAGAAAAACCUCAUGUUUGUGAUAUAUGUAACAGUGCAUUUAGUGUAAAGCGCUCUUUAAAUGAACAUAUCCUUAUUCACACAGGAGAGAAACCUCAUAUGUGUGAAGUAUGUAAAAAGUCAUUUAGUCAAAAGAGUCAUUUAAGUAACCAUAUGCAUAUGCAUACGGGAGAGAAACCUCAUGUAUGUAAAGUAUGUAAAAAGGCAUUUAGUCAAAAGGGUCAUUUGAACAAUCAUAUGUUUAUUCACUCAGGUGAGAAACCUUAUGUCUGUGAGAUAUGCCCAAAGUCAUAUGUACAAAAGUGUGCUUUAAGCAGGCAUACACUUACACACACUACACAGAAAUCUUACCUAUGUCAAUUAUGUAACAAAUCAUUUAGACAAAAGUGUGAUUUAAGUGAGCAUAUGCUUAAUCAUACAUUGGGGAAAUCUCAUGUGUGAAGUAUGUAAAAAGUCAUUUAGUCAAAAGAGUAGUUUAAGCAAUCAUAUGAGUAUUCACAGAGGAGAAAAACUUCAUGUUUGUAAAUUAUGUAACAUUACAUUUACUGUAAAGAGUAGUUUAAAUGAGCAUAUGCUCAUUCACACAGGACAGAAACCUCAUUUGUGUAAAGUAUGUAAUAAGUCAUUUAGACAAAAGGGAGUUUUAAAUAAGCACAUGCAAAUUCAUACAGGAGAGAAACCUCAUGUGUGUGAAGUAUGCGGGAAAUCAUCUCGUCAAAAGAGUAGUUUAAUCAAACAUAUGCUUAUUCACACUGGAGAGAAAUCUCAUGUGUGUAAGGUAUGUAACAAGUCAUUUAGACAAAAAAAUCACUUAAAUAAGCAUAUGCGUAUUCACCUAGAAAGGUAACUUAGUAUCUAAAAUUUAUUUAUGCUAAAAUGUGGUUUAAAUGACUAUAUGUGUAUCCGCAUAAGGUAGAGAUUUCAUGAUCUAUGUAUGUAACAUAUCACUGGGUCAAAAGAAUUUGAAGACAUGUUUAAUUAUGCACAUGAGAUGUCUAAUGUCGGUAAAAUCCUAGUAUAUGGUGCAGCCUUGGCGUGACUUUGAAAAUUAUCGCCAACACCAAAAAUGAUCCAAAAGAACGUCUAUAUAUAUACUAUACACACAUAGUAUAUGUAUAUACACACA